AUGUCUAACAGCGAUGGCAGAAGACGUCUGCCCAUCAUGGUGCGUGCAGGAAGGAAGAGCCAGAAGCCUUACUGGCCGUUCAUGGAACUAUGGGGACUGCACAGAAGACCCAUCGUUUCGGAUGGGAAUUGCCUGUUUCGAGCCUUGUCGGACCAACUAUUCGAUACCACUGAAAGACACGAUGAGAUCCGCCAGACCGUCGUCUGGUAUCUCCGUGCCAAUCGAGAGCAAUUCGAACCAUUUGUCCCCCUUGAUACUGAAGACUUGGUGCGAAGCCAGCCAAACACAAGAUCCAGCCGGUCAAGAAGAGCCAGCGCCGAGGAUCCCUACGAGGCCUAUCUGGAGAAUAUGGCAAAGCCAAAGACCUGGGGCGGAGAGGUAGAGAUCAGGGCCUUCUCCGAGGCAUACGACAGAGAUGUGCUGAUUCACCGGCCCACCGAUGCUGGCCAGCCUUUUGACCAGAUGGUCAACAACAAACGUGCUGCUGGACAGCCGAGACAAUUUGUCCACGUGUCGUUCGGCGGAGAAUCAACCCAUCCUCAUUACGAGUCGGUCCGCCCAAUCAAGUCUGCUUCGCCAGCUGCGAGCCACCCCUCCUCCACACCAGCAACACCACUGUGCGGCCCAGCCGACAAACCUCUCUCCCUGCCCGAGUACAGCACCGAACCAUUGAACCAGAUCCAGCAAGCCCGUCCAAAUCUCUCUGCUGAAGAGCUAUACUCCUUCCUGGAAAAAUCCAGGAACCAACUAGACACAAUCUUCGGCCAGAUCAUCAACACGGAUCGAGAGCGAAGCUCGUCGGCGUCAGCCUCAUCACAGCGAAGCUCCAGCUCCAAGAGGUCUCGAGACGACAACGGCGACGGAGAAGAAGAAGACUCAGACAACAGAGCUUCAAAGCGCGCAAUGAGGCGUAUAAGCCUCAGAAAUAAGACGCACGCCUUCGUCACGUAUAUCACGCCGGCGUCUUCGCAGAGGGGGACGGAGAUAUCGUUCAAGAUCCGUGUUGACACGCCGCCGGGUACCCCUACUGAGAACCCAGAGCCGGAAAAGGGAGCUGCCGAGAAGGGAAAGGGUGGCUCGGACGGUGAGAAGAAUGACAAUGAAUGCGCAAAGGAAGGUGGUGAGGAGCGGGAGGGCCCCACAGUGUCGAAAUCAGAUGAGGAAAACGUCCCGGAUACCACGGACAAAUCACCCAAAACGGAAACCGAGGAAAAGGCUGCCGUGUCGGGCAAGCCCAAAGGGGGAAGUAGGGGUAGGGCAAAGACCAGGGCAAGGAAUGCCUGA